AAGCACCGUGCCGAUUUUACCUUGUUACAUGUUUCGGUGCAGAAAUCUUCUGAGAUUCAGAUUUGGAGGAAAAAACAAGAUGUAUGCGCAAUAAAAUAAUGCAGAACGCCUAUUUUCCCGCUAUAUGCGGUGCUUGAUCGAAAUGUAUGCGUCUGAUUCCGCCCUAAAGACCUUUUACCGCUCCACGGACCAGGUGCGCCCAGGCCGAGUGUUGGCCGGGAAAGCGUAGUUCCAGUGGAAAAUCAAGUGCAUAUAUGCUGCAAAAUGCGUGAAAACGCAGCGCAUAUAUACGUAUGCUCACACUAUUUUUUGUUGGUGUGGGCGUUCUUUUUUCACUGCAGCAACAAAUGGAACACGUACGGGUAAAAAACCAACCACCAACAAUCAAAAGAAUUGAAUAAGGGGAAAAAAGUGGUUGAGAGUUAGAAAUCAGGGAAAACCGAGUAGAUAGAUCACUUGAGGAGAUUGAGAGGAGUUGAUUGAUAUAAUAUACAAUGUCUCCGUAUGAAAAAGCCGUUAACGGUGCAACAAAGGUCAAACUUGCACCGCCCAAACAGAAGUAUUUAGACCGUAUUUUGACAGCAACAUAUGCAGGCGAUGUAGCGCUAUUUGAGGUGUUUGGUGCUAUUUUCCGCCGUCUUCAUGAGCCGUCCUGGACUAUUGUCUUUAAAAGUCUUAUUGUUAUUCAUAUUAUGAUCCGAGAAGGAUCUCGUGAUGCUACUCUGCAAUAUCUAUCGAGGAACUCACGUCAUUUCUCUAUUAAUGAGCUUUUUGGAGAUACAGGCUUUUUAUCGUAUGAUUCAGGUGGUCUUUUAUUUUUGGGAGAGCUGGCAAUUUCUCAGCAAAGCAAAAAUAUACAAAAUUAUAGUCUUUAUCUUCAGCAGAAAGUGCAAAGUUUCAAGGAUACACGUGUUGAUUAUGUAUACAUGAAAAGCAGCAAAACGUCAGAGGGAAGACUGCGAAAAUUGACCGUUGAUAAAGGCCUUCUUCGGGAAGUAGGGAUUGUUCAGAAACAGAUUGAUUUACUGCUUCGAUGCAAGCUUUUAGAAGAAGGAUUAACUAAUGAUAUAACUGUUGUAGCGUUUCGAUUAUUAAUUAGUGAUCUUUUGUCUCUUUUCCAGGUCAUUAAUGAAGGUGUAAUUAAUGUUCUUGAACAUUAUUUUGAAAUGUCUCGUUACGAUGCAGAAAGAGCUCUUGAUAUAUACAAAAAAUUUGUUAAGCAGACUGCUGACGUCGCUGAUUACUUGUCAUUAGCAUGUAGGAUGGAAGUGUUGACGCGUAUAGAAGUCCCAAAUAUCAAACAUGCACCCGUAAGUCUUUCUCGUGCAUUACAGGAUUACUUAAACGACAAAAAUUUUGAAAAGAAUAGACUUCAAUAUAUAGAAACUAAAAAUGUACUUGAGUCUGACAAAAAGAAAGGAAAUAUAGCGCAGCGAUCUAUUAAAACAUCUUUGAAAAGUAAUUCUACUGGCUCGCCUUCUCCAUCGCUAGAUGUUUCUCAAAAAAAGAAUUUAAAUAAUAUUAAUUUAAUCGAUUUUUUUUCAAGUAUUGAAAAUGAACAGACUUAUAUGUUUCAAAAUACUGGAAAAAAUAAUUCAGUUUAUUCAUCAGUGACACCGUUGGACGUUUCAGCAACGCAACCGGUUCAGUCAUUAACUAAUCUUCCUCAAAAUACGUCACUGCAAAUGCAGCAACAGAUACAAACACCAAUGCAGUCACAAAUACCAGUGCAACAAGUACCUAUACAGCCACAAGUUCCUAUGCAAGUUCCCAUCGGGCUGUAUAAUCAGUAUCAUCCAAUGUUAUCUCCAAAUAACAAUCUUUAUCAGCAAACACCUCAAGUGAUCCAGAGUCAGGAUCCGUUUCAUGCAUCUCUUUCUAUGAGUCAAACACAGGAUUAUAGUUCCAUAUAUCCUAUGCAAACUAACUUUGCCAAUACUGCUUAUAGUGGAUAUCCUAUUCAACCAAAUAAUCAAAUGUUCAAUCAGCCCUAUAAUUUAAAUCAAGUUAUCCAGUCACCUGCAGAGAUAAAUAAUUAUCCCACGGAUCAUACUAAUCCUUUUCGCCACUCUGUGCACUCAAUGAAUAUUGCAGUUCAGCGUCAACAAUCAUAUCCUUUACCAAACUGUUUUCCUACUUUAAAUACACCAUCAGUCCCAUUUUCACGACCUACAAAUCCAUUUUCUAAAAGUUUUGAUGAUAUGGCGACUUUUUUGGAUCCAAACUUACAAUCUAGUUCUCAAUCAAACAGUUCUACGCUUCCUCUUUAUCAAAAGCCAAAAACAAAUCCGUUUUCUAAAGAUAUUUUUUCUCAAAAUGCGAAAAGCAUCCAAUGAAUCCCUCGAAAACUAAACACAAACCUGUGUCAUCCUAUAUUGAUCUUUUUAAGAAUACAAAGGAAACAGAGGAAAAGACGCAUAUC